CGCAGAAAUUAGGGCUAAAUCUUCUUUCCCAAACCCUAAUUUCAUUUCCUUAUGGAAUUUUUUUUCCAUUUUUGUUUGAAUUUUUUUUCUGAGGGUUAGAUUUGGCGCGGAGUAGAGGAGAAUCAAGAGCUCGUGAUGUUUGAUUUUCCCGCCUUCUGUUCUUGUUGAUAUUUCAUUCUGAUUUCUGGGUAAACAAAUUUUCUCGCGGAGCUUCACCGGAUUGACGAACGGUCUUUGAGUUGCUGGUUCCUUUCAUGGCGUCUGCUGUUUUAGCAAAUCACGAACCUAGUUGGCCGACGAGCAAACGCAACGGCGAUGGUGGAGGAGGAAGCGCGUUUAUGUCGAGAGUUCCGUUCUCGAACCCUAAAUCUAAACCUAAAAUGAAAAAGAGGAAAACUAAUGGUGAAGUUAACAACUUCCACCAGAUGAGUGAAGAACUGGCCAACGUAACAACUCUAUCUCCCUCGGAUAAUGGCUCUUCCAUCGAUCGUCACCAUGGAUCUUCGAACUCCGAGUACAGCCAAUAUGUGAGUAUCAAUGUAACUUCAUGUUCUGGAAGGGAUUUGAUUGAUCUGAAGAAACGGUUGCUGGCGGAGCUUGAACAAGUUAGGCGAUUCAAGAAUCGCAUUGAGAGUGGUGACGUUGGUUUUGGGCCUAAUUAUUUCAAGAAAUCGACCGAGGCCAAGGGGAUUAAUAAACGGCCGAAGUUGCUACCUAGUUUUGGGAAAGAUUUGCAGGUUUCGAAUUCAAUUGAAGUCAGGAAUUUGAUGAAAUCUUGCUCUCAAAUCUUGAACAAGUUGAUGAAGCAGAAGUAUGGAUUGAUCUUCAACAAGCCAGUGGAUGUGGUUGGGUUGGGGCUUCAUGACUAUUACGAUAUUAUUAAGCGUCCUAUGGAUUUAGGGACUGUGAAAUCAAAAUUGACUAAGAAUUUAUAUGACUCACCUUUGGAAUUUUCUGAAGACGUCAGGCUAACAUUUAACAAUGCCAUGUUGUACAAUCCCAAGGGCCAUGAAGUUCAUAUAUUGGCUGAACAGUGGUUGAUGAAAUUUGAGGAAAUGUUUCUCCCUGUUAGUAGAAAGUUGAGUGCUCUGAAGCAGCCAGAUCCAUACGAUGAGGAAUUGCAAGCCAGUUCUUGGAAUCAUGUAGAAAUGGAGAAGUCCAACUUCAACUCAAAUUGGAACAAAUCAGAAGAAGUAAGAGUUCCAUCAAGUUCAUCAAAGCCACCGUCGAUACAGUCGCCGGUGAAAACCCCAUCACCAGUAAGGGUGCCGCAGGUGAAGCCUGCAAGACAGCCAAAGCCAAAGGCGAAGGAUCCCUACAAACGGGAGAUGAGUUUAGAGGAAAAACACAGAUUGGGAGUUGGAUUGCAGGGGUUACCUCCGGAAAAGAUGGAUCAAGUUAUACAGAUUGUAAAGAAGAGAAGCGGCCAUUUGAGACAGGAUGGGGAUGAGAUUGAGCUCGACAUCGAAGCUGUCGAUACCGAGACGCUCUGGGAACUCGACCGGCUUGUGACGAAUUGGAAGAAAAUGGUGAGCAAGGUCAAGCGGCAAGCUCUCUUCAAUGACAAUGGAAAUGCAGAUUCGAGUAAAGCGAAUAAUGAGAUAUCAUCUGCAAAUGAGAUGAAUGAGGUUAAAACCGAGGGGAAGAAGCUUAGAAAAGGGGAUAUGGGUGAGGAAGAUGUGGACAUUGGGGACGAAACAAUACCAAUGGGAGGUUUCCCACCUGUUGAAAUUGAAAGAGAUGCAGCAGCUACUCAUGCUAGUAGUAGUUCUGAUAGCUCAAGUAGUUCAGGGAGUGAUGAUUCUUCCUCUUCAAGUGGUUCUGAUUCAGAUGGUAGCUCCUCCGACAGUGAUUCAGAUGGUGAUGGUCAAUCAUAGGUUGUUUAGGAUGGACGAACAGCUCUCUGAACUCACAGACCAUUGAAGCACAUCAGUUUCUUUAAUCUGAGGUAUGAUGAGUAAGAACCCAGCAUAAUAUUCUUCCAUCAUUGUUGUUACUUUGAACAUACUUCAUCAUUCAUGCUCUCAUGCUUUGAAGAAACCAGCAUAACAUUCAAGCUCGAAGGAGAGACAAUUUUGGAAGUUUUGGAGGUAUCAGAAGCAAGAGAAAUUGUAAAUGGGGCAGGAGAACAGUUUUCUCAUCUCUUUUUUUUUUUUUUUUAAUACCUUAGAAGGUUGUUUUUGUGUACAUAAACAAAUUGUUGAUUUCCCAGAUCGGUAUAUAUUUCCUGUUUUUCUAUGUGAAUUGAAAUUUGUUCUUUUUGUAUUGUACGCUUGAAGGAAGCACAAGAAGUGCAGUGAUAGUAAGAACUUUCAAAUUUUGUAGUCAAA